UUAACUGCAAUACGUGCAGACAAGUAUUUUGAAGAUACACCCUCUUCCUACUAGAAAAACCUCAAUCAAAUUCAAGGACAAACAACCUCAUUGCAAAACAUGGCAAUUUCAGUGUCCCAAAAGAAAUCCAGAAUAUCCAGAAAGGAAGAAAGGAAAGAAUUUUGUCUCGGUAAUACAACAUGUUUCAGAGUUGUAUCUAAAAUCCCAACCAUGGCUCUUUUUUUUAUACUUAUCUUCCUAUGGUCCUAUUCUACCACCAUCAUAUCAGGCAACAUUGUUCACGUUUGUAUUUCCUCGCGGAAGCUUAACAAUCUUUAUUGUCUCUCUGCUGGUACACAGCCUAACCUCGAAAUCCCAAUUUCAGUCAGUAACAGUUCUUCUACUACAAAUGCUUAUUUGGCUGUCACAGAAACAACCAGCAGGGACAGAAAUGAGGAAACUGAAAAUGCAAAGAAAGUUAUUGAAGAGCAAAUGCAAUUACAUCGAUCAUGGAUUUCUGAUACAAAUCCUGCACUGUGUGAUGGACGGGGGAUUUAUGUCUAUGAUCUGCCAUCAAAGUUCAAUAAGGACUUGCUUGGUCAGUGUGGAGAUAUGAUUCCAUGGAUUGAUCUGUGUAAAUAUUUCAAUAAUGAGGCUUUUGGCGAGCCUAUAGCAAAGCUUGGUACAGGUUGGUAUGAUACUCACCAGUACUCACUAGAACCAAUAUUCCAUGCCAGGAUUCUGAAACAUACAUGCAGGGUUUACAAUGAAAAUGAAGCUAAGCUCUUUUAUGUUCCUUACUAUGGUGGAUUAGACAUUUUACGAUGGCAUUUCAAGAAUGUUUCUAAUGAUGUUAAAGAUAUUUUGGCGUUGGAGCUCAUCAAGUGGCUUCAGUCUAGAAAGACUUGGGUUCAAAAUUCUGGUAAGGAUCAUGUGUUUGUUUUGGGAAAAGUUUCUUGGGAUUUUAGGAGAAAGAUUGAUUCUUCAUGGGGGACUAGAUUUUUACACUUAGAGCAAAUGCAAAACCCAAUAAAGCUCUUGAUAGAACGACAACCAUGGGAAUUGAACGACAUUGGAAUUCCACAUCCUACAUAUUUUCACCCACGUUCAGAUGAUGAUAUUGUUGCCUGGCAGCUGAAGGUUAUCCGAGCAAUUAGAAAGAAGCUAGUGAGUUUUGCAGGAGCAGCGCGACCUGAACAACCUGAGAGCAUAAGGUCAAUUUUGAUCAAUCAGUGCACUACAACUGAUGAUAAAUGCAAGUUUUUGAAUUGCAGGUCAGGUGGUUGUGAUCAACCAGAAACAAUCACAGAACUGUUUGAAGAGUCAGAAUUCUGCUUACAGCCUCCUGGUGACAGCCCGACAAGAAAAUCUUUAUUUGAUUCGCUUGUUUCAGGUUGCAUACCAGUGCUUUUUGACCCUUUCACAGCUUAUUAUCAGUAUCCAUGGCAUUUACCUGAGGAACAUGAUAAAUAUUCAGUGUUCAUAAACCAAGAAGAAGUAAGGCAAAUGAAGGUGAAUGUGGUGGAAAGGCUAAUGAAUGUUUCUGUGAAAGAAAGAGAGGAUAUAAGGAGGUACAUAGUAUAUGAACUAUUGCCUAGAAUUGUGUAUGGGGAUUCUAAUUCUCAGCUUGAGAAGUUUCAGGAUGCAUUUUCCAUAACAGUGAACAAUCUGCUUGAGAGGGUCAAUAGAUUGCAGUGACAACUUCUAUUUUUCUUUUCUUUUUGU